GCUAAUUAUAUGUGUUAUGUUAUGUUAUGUUAUGUUGUGUUAUGUUGUGUUAUGCUGUGUUAUGAUUUUUUUUUUUUACUUGGGCCAACUCCGCUUUAACGAUUGAAUAUUUUUUUCUUUUCCGAUAUUCUAAUCGCCAACGAGAUUGCCAGGUUCCCAACUUGCCCACCAAGAUAGCCCGCCAGUGAAUCCCCAGCUUCCCCCCCUCCGGCUAUUCACCCAUGGAUACGCUAAUCGGCCUGAAGGGCAAAAACUUCAUAAUCCUUGCGGUAGAUACGUACAGCGUUAAUUCAAUUAUCAAGUUAAAGAAUGACGACAAGACCAAGUUUUACGACAUUAACGGAAACAAAUGCUUACUGUUGGGUGGAUCCAUUGGAGAUAGAAUUCAGUUUGGUGAAUUCAUAAGGAAGAAUGUGCACCUGUACCAGUACCAGAACUCUACCGAUAUGUUUGUGAAAUCGUUUGCCUUUUUUACGCGCAAGAAUUUGGCCUACUAUUUGAGGAGAAACCCCUACGAGGUCAACUGCCUCAUAGCUGGAUACGACAACGUAGGGAAGGAGGCUUCGCUAAGGCUGCGCGGAGUGGGCGUAGAAAAAGUUACUGUAUACAAGGACGGUUACCAACUCUACUGGUGCGACUACCUUAGCAACAUGGACGCUGUGAACAAGGGUGCGCACGGUUACGGAGCGUACCUAGUGAACGGUAUCCUGGAUAAGUACUACCAUGAAAAUAUGAACCUGGAAGAAGCCUUACUCAUCUUUAAAAAGUGUUUUGAAGAAUUGAAGAAGAGAUUUCUCCUGACCCAAAUAAAUUACGAACUACGGAUUAUGACAGAUAACAAGGUAGAGGCUCAGUACGUGACCAUUUGAGGCACCUCCCAGGUGGGCCAUUACCUCAGCCCC